AUAAGUCGCUACCUUAGCAAUGCAUUCCAUUUCUCGGCAGUCUCAGCAGAAAAUCGAAUUUAUAAUAAUUUAAAGUACUUAAUAUGAACGACACAGAAAUUAAGCGGUAGUGAGAGACCGACACAUUAAUUUCAGUAUGAAAUUCUCUCCAUGAACAUUAAAGCUUCUCAAACAAGCUUACUAUACAUGCAGCUAGCUGACGAGCUGCUAACAUAGAAACCCGGAAGUGCAGCGAUUUAACUGCACCUGUGAAUAAAUCUAUUUAGCCGAAAGAAAAAGAAGUGUGAGAAAGAACGCUAGCAAAGUACGAGGAGGAACUUUCUCGAACAACAGAGGAGAACAAGCGACAACGUCAACUACUGGAGCUUCACUCAGAAGCAUCAAGCAGACAUCAGUGAAGAACAUCUUAACUCUGAGGAGAAAGAGCGGAUGUCCAGGAUGGAGAAGGAGGAAUCACAACCCACCCAAAUUAAAGAAGAAGAAGAAGCAGAGGAGCCCCCUCAUAUUAAAGAGGAAGAACCACACACCCUUCAUCUUAAAGAGGAAGAGCAGGAGCCACAGCCCCACCACGUUAAACAGGAACAGGAGGAGCCACAGCCUCUUUACAUUAAAGAAGAGGAAACACAUGCACUCCAUUUUAAAGAGGAGCAGCAGGAGCUGCACACCCCCGAUAGUGGGGGAGGACGACGAGGACCACAGCACCAGUCAGGAGGAGCUUGAAGGAAUGGAGGAGUUUCCGGUUGUCGGCCCCGAGAGUGGUGAAGAUGAUGAGGACGAAGGUCAGGAACGUUUUCCUUGUUCGCUGUGUGGUAAAACAUUCCCUCGAAAAUGUUCUUUGCAAAAACACACAGCGAGACACACACCUCUUGACUGCUCCGUUUGUGGUACAGGACUCAACGAUAAGUCACAUUUGACAGAACACACAAGAAUACACACUGAAGAGAAACUCUUUCCUUGCACAGUGUGUGGCAAAACAUUUUCUCACAAAGGUAGUGUAAGUAAACACAUGAAAGUACACACUGGAGAGAAACCUUUUUCUUGCACGGUGUGCGGUAAAGGAUUCUAUGACAAAUUUGGUUUAAAAAUACACAUCAGAGGACACACUGGAGAGAAACCUUUUUCCUGCUCAGUUUGCGGUAGAGCGUUCAGUUACAAGUCAAAUUUGAGAGUACACACGCAAAUACACACUGGGAAGAAACCUUUUCUUUGCACUGUGUGUUGUAAAGGAUUCGUAAGCAAAGGUGCGCUAAACAGACACGUAAUAGUACACACUGCAAAGAAACCUUUCCCUUGUGCAGUGUGUGGUAAAGAAUUCUGUCGCAAAGGCAGUUUAAAAAGACACACAAGUGUACACACUGGAGAGAAACCUUCCUCCUGCUCAGUUUGUGCCCGACAAUUCGGUGACAAGUCAAAUUUGAGAACACACACAGAAAUGCACGCUGGAGAGAAAUCUUUUUCCUGUUCAGUUUGUGCGAGAGAAUUCAGUCACAAGUCAGGAUUGAGGGCACACACAAAAGUACACACUGGAGAGAAACCUUUUCCUUGCUCGCUGUGCGGUAAAAGAUUCUCUCGAAAAGAUGGCUUAAAAACGCACACAAGUGUACACACUGGAGAGAAACCUUUUUCCUGCUCAGUUUGUGCCCGAGGAUUCACUAAGAUGUCAUAUUUGAGAGCGCACACAAAGGUACACGGUGGCGAGCGAGAGAGAGAACCGUUUUCUUGCACGGUGUGUGGUAAAGGGUUCUAUGACAAAUCUGGUUUAAAAAGACACACAAGAGUACACACUGGAGAGAAACUGUUUUCUUGCACAGUUUGUGGUGAAGGUUUUCUUGGGAAGGUAUCUCUGAGAAGGCACAUAAGAACACACUCAAGUAAAAAAAACAAAACAAAUAAAAGCCAAGCGAGACAGUAUUCAUAGUGAAGUUGUAUAAAAUAACUUCUGACAUUGUGAACUGACGGGGCUGCACGGCUCACAGGACCAGGGUUCAAUUCCCCCUCAGCCAUCUGUGUGGAGUUUGCAUGUUUUCCCCGUGCAUGCGUGGGGUUUUUUCCGGGUACACCGGUUUCCUCCCACAUUCCAAAAACAUGCUAGGUUAAUUAGCGACUCCAAAUUGUCCAUAGGUUUGAAUGUGAGUGUGAAUGGUUGUUUGUCUAUAUGUGCCCUGUGAUUGGCUGGCCACCAGUCCAGGGUGUACCCCGCCUCUUGCCCGAAGACAGCUGCGAUAGGCUCUAUCGACCCUCGUGAGGAUAAGCGGUAGAAAAUGAAUGAAUUCUUGGGUGAAUUUGACUCGCCCACCCACCACUUUGGGAUGGUCCAAACAUUUAAAAUGAUUUCCUUUCAUUUCAAUAUCCACCCAUUUGUGUUAGUCCAUCCAUUUAUAUGCAUCAUACCAUAACAGUACUUUUCCAUUAUAUGAUCUUCUGUUGAUGUUGAAAUUGCAAGUAAUAAAUAUACAAAGAAUCCAAUUCAGUUUCUUGGAGGAAAACUAGUUCUGAGUCUUUAUUUUGUUUUCUUUUAUUUUUUUGUUUCACUUCAUUAGCUUUUUGUAUGCCUAAGUUGCAUGAAAGGA